UUGGUUAAAAACCCGCGAGGCGUCUCGCCGCUAUUGGCUGGCGUCCGGCUUGGGGCGGGGCCAGCCGCGAGAGCGGCGGUUGUGGGCGGGGCCAGGCGGCACCCAAUCAGCGCGCGCUCGGAGGAGAGUUUGAAUCGGCGGAGCGGCUGCGGCGCAGAGCGGAGCCGCCGCCAUGAGGAGGAGUGAGGUGCUGGCGGCCGAGGCCGUGUCGUGCCUGAACCGCGCCAUGGUGGCCCUGCGGGACAUCUGGGAGGAGAUCGGCAUCCCCGAGGAGCAGCGUCUGGAGCGCACCGAGGUGGUCAAGAAGCACAUCAAGAGCCUCCUGGACCUGAUGGUUGCGGAGGAGGAGCGUCUGAAGGAGCGUCUCCUGAAGAGCAUCGCGAUGUGUCGGAAAGAGCUUGACACCCUCUGCAGCGAGCUCCAGCUGGACCCCUUAGAGGUAGAGGAAAAAUGCAGCAUUCUCCAGAUGGAAAAGAACUUGCGCACUCACGUGGAAUCAAUGUUGAAGCAGAAAAAAGACAGGAAGCAGGAGCUGAAAACCCUGCAAGAACAAGACCGAGACUUGUGUGACAUCCUUGGCGCAGAUCCCUUCUCCAUCGACAGUGUGGCCGUGCCCAGCCUGGAUGACCUGGACCGGUACCGGCGCCACGUGGCAGCCCUGACGAUUGAGAAGGAGCGAAGGAGAGAGGAGUUUGUCACCGUCAGGCGGCAAAUCAUCCUGCUGAUGGAGGAGCUGGACCACACUCCAGACGUGAGCUUUGAGCAGGACGUGGUGUGUGAGGAUGAGGAAGCCUUCUGCUUGUCUGAGGACAACAUGGCAGCCCUCCAGAGCCUGCUGCAGCGGCUGGAGGCCCAACGAGCCCUGAACGAGGCUGCGUGUGCGGAGCUGCGCUCCAGGAUCGUUGCGCUGUGGGAGAGGCUGCAGGUUCCUGUGGAGGACAGAGAGUCUUCUGCAGUGCACAUCGCUGGUUCCAGAGCCAAAACCAGGAAAGCUCUGCAGCUGGAAGUGGACCAUCUGGAGGAAAUGAAGCUGCAGAACAUGAAAACUGUGGUCCAGGCAAUCCGAGUAGAGCUGGCUGACUACUGGGACAAAUGCUUCUACAGUCAGGAGCAAAGGGAAGUCUUCAGCCCUUAUUACGAUGAGGACUAUACGGAGACCUUGCUUGAGCUCCACGAUAUGGAAGUCGGGAAGAUAAAGGGCUAUUAUGAAGCACAUAAAGAGCUGUUUGAGGCUGUCCAGAAAUGGGAGGAUAGUUGGAAGCUGUUCCUGGAGCUGGAGAGGAAAGCAACUGACCCCAGUCGCUUCACCAACCGUGGGGGGAAUCUGCUGAAGGAAGAGAAGCAGCGAGGAAAGCUACAGAAGACUCUUUCCAAGCUGCAGGAGGAGCUGGAGAGCAGGAUCCAGGCCUGGGAGCAGGAGCACAAGGGGGCUUUCCUGGUGAAGGGGCAGCAAUUCAUGGAGUAUGUGAGGGAGCAGUGGCAGCUGUACCACCUGGAGAAGGAGAAGGAGAAACAGGAGCGGCACCUGAAGAAGAGCCGCCAGAUCGAGACCGAGAUGAUGUACGGCAGCACCCCGCGGACACCCAGCAAGCGCCGCGUGCUCGGCCCCCACACGCCCGGCAAAAUAAGGAAGCUCAACGGCACGACCCUCUCCAGCGCCACCCCCAACAGCACGGCUCGCUCAGGUUUUGGGGGAACCAUCUACCACUCGCCAACAGCUCGGCUGCCGCCUUCCGGAGGGAAGGCUCGGACCCCCAGCUCCGCGGCUGUGAGACCCCCCCAUCCCAGGCACAAGGAGCGGAACAAGGAGAACAUCUCUCAGCUGAACGGAACCACCCUGAGCGGUGGGUGCACCCCCACAGCCCCUGCCCAGCGUAACCACAGCGUUAAUUCUGUUGCCAGCACCUAUUCUGAGUUUGCGCGAGAACUUUCAAAGGCUUCCCGCUGUGAGAGCAGCUCCCGCAUCCUCAACUCCACCACCACCACGGCCUUCUGCUGAGCAGCGCCCACUGGCUGCGUGCCUGGCCCGGAGUGAGUGGCUGCCUGCACUGCCCCCUCAGCUUCCAGCCACGGGCUCUGGGGUGGGGAGUCUGUCCUGCUGCUGGGGGGGGAGAGGGGCACUUUUAAAAUCUUUCUUUUAUUUGGGGAAUUCUUGCAAAUGUUUGUGAUUAAAGGUUUGUGUACGUGGCCGUGUGACGGUAGCGCAGCGGCUCCUGCCGCAGCCCCCGGGGCUGGUGGGGGUUGGUGUUCAGCAGCAGGGACUCUGUCCCCUGAGCUUGCUCUGGGGCAGAUGGGAACUAUGUCAGACCUCGGGCCUUUUCCUCUUUGUGGCUGUAGCAAUUGUUUAUCAGUGUCUUGCUUUCUCAGCACCCAGCCAGCGGGUGUUAGUGGGGGCUGCUCAGCACCCUCACUGGGCCAGGCCCAGGGCACUGGGCUCCUCUCCCACCCUCUUUGCAAGGCUGGAGGGAGGGUGGAGGAACCACAGGGUCCUUCAUUGCCAGCAACCCUGACCUGGAGCCCUGAGAGCUGUGCAGCUGCUCUCCUCUGUGCCCUUCUUCCCAGGCAGGGAGGGCCUGACCACAUGAAGCAGGACCAACCUGCUCCCUCUGCCUCGGGCACAGAGGACAGCUUCUCCUCCUCUCAGACCUGCUCUGCACCGUCCAGCAGUGCCUGCUGCCCUCCCUGUGCUGGAUGAGGAUGCCAAGCCCCCUGCUUCAGCACUGUGGCAGUCCCAGGCAGGGCUUGGGCCCCCCUUUGUACGUUGGUUAAUGAAGCUCUGUGCCCAAUUACAAUUGAUCUGCACCUUGUUAUCACUACACUUCCCCACUGCUUGCUGUUAUUUAUUCUCCAGGUUCUGGCCCCUUGCUCUGUACCUCUGUAUAUACUGUUUGUAGGAAUAAUACAUGUCUCUGGA